GGCGCUCCUCACUGGUCGAACGUGGUCAAACCACAUUCCAACUGCCGAAGUAUGGCCGCACUCGAAGUCACCUCAGAGCUGUAUGCCGAGGCAGAAUUCACCAGCAAAGACACGGGUAAUGGCAAUGCUAUUUCUAAAUUUACCUUUGUGUAUCCAAACCGACGUGUCACGAGCACGAAUGGCUUAAAAGAGAAUGCCGGGACCAGUGUUAUGGAUAAACGAAGCCCCGUGAAAAUGCCACCAGCCGUAAGAGAGACAUCAGAAGAAAGUUUCACAGAAGCAGCUUCAUAUGAAUCGGAUGAUGAAGGUAGUGUGGCUGAGUAUAGCGAGGAUGAGGAUAUUGGAAAUGAUGUAUAUACGGAUGAUGAGUUCUGCAAGUCAUCCACAAAACAAGAGACAAAACCGGCAGCAAUCGAAUACGAUAGCGAUGGUGAUGCCGUAGUUGAACGCCCUCGAAAAGGCACAAUUGAGAUUGAACAUUGUAAAUCAACUCGCCUAGACUUGGUGGGGCUGCAAAUAUGGCGUGGAGCGCUACUGCUAGCCGAUUAUAUUCUGCACAACGAGCGAAAGUUCAGAAAUAGUCACAUCCUCGAACUGGGCUCCGGUGUUGGACUGACGAGUAUAGUGGCUAGCAUGUACGCACGAGAGGUCAUAUGCACCGAUAUCGACAUCGGUGGAUUGCUGGAUCUGAUACGUGGAAACGUUCAACUAAAUGCUUCCCUCUCGAGCCCGCACUGCCGGGUGAACGUUACGGAGUUGGAUUUUAAAGUCAGCUAUCAGGACUACCCGCGCGAGCUGAAGAAUCAACUUCAACACGUACAGUACGUGAUCGCCGCAGAUGUGAUAUAUGACGAUAAUAUAACCGAAGCUUUUGUGCGAACGAUAGUUAGCUUGCUGUUGGAACUGCCAAAGCUGAAAUCGAUUUACAUUGCCCUGGAAAAACGAUACGUGUUCACCCUGGAAGAUAUGGAUUCGGUUGCACCGUGCUAUGAUUAUUUCUUGCAAUACUUCCAAAAACGGAACAGUCGCUUCGGAGUGAACCGUUGGAAGCUGAUCAACGUGUGCAUGGAUUUUCCACGGUACUUCGAAUAUGAUAAGGUGAAAGAUUUGGUGCUAUUGAAAAUUUGUCACGCUGGUAAAUGACGGGUAGACUGUGAGGGAUAACUUCAUUUAAGUGUUCAUCAUAAAAAUAAUUAGCAGAUAAAUCAUAAAGAUAACUAGCAGAGGACAUUUUCUUGAUCCUUCUAAAUGAAUUUAGGAAAAUCGUUUGGUGAAUAAAAAAAUGAUGGUUGAGCCAUGCCACUCUGCACUUGGCUCUUAAUUAUGACAAUACACAUUUAUAUUUUGAAUUUUCAAUAAUUCUUUGAUCUUUGGGUCUAUCUCUUUUUAUGUAUAUAUUAAUGUUAUUUC